AUGGACGCUCUAUUCUGCAUCCCGAUGCUCUCUGUUUUCCUGAUCCCAGUGCUGUCCUCUUACAGCACCACCCUGAACUUCUUAUUCUUUUAUAUGACUUGGUCCACACUGGUGUUAUCGCAUACCCCUCUUAGGGUUGAGAUGUAUGGAACGAUCGCUGUGCGCCUUAUUUUCUAUGCACUGCCGUCUAUUAUCAUGUUUUUGUUUGAUAUCCUGACCCCUUCAGCCUCAGUGGUUAUCAAGGCGCAAGGUUCGACUGGUUUACCCGGUGGCAGGAGACGACGCAAUAUCCGAGCGCGUGAGCUCAAGGUCGCUGGAUGGUCGCUGCUGAACCUGACUCUAUCCAUUGCAGUCCAGUGGGCAAUUGAGACCCUAUGUGUGAGGGGACUGAAGAUGCGCAGCGCGCUGAAGGUGGCUCUUAAGCUUCCGAUGCCAUAUGAGAUGGUCCGGGAUUUGGUGCUAGGUAUGCUGGGUCGCGAGGUCUUUACAUACGUGAUCCACCGUUGGGUUCUUCACGGGAAGAACGCCUUCAUUAGCAAACUCCACCACUAUUGGUACCAUCAACUCCCUGCUCCCUUCCCACUGUCCGCACACUAUGACCACCCACUCACUCAUCUGCUCUCCAACUUCAUCCCGACCUAUCUGCCGGCUGUGCUGUUCCGCUUCCACAUGCUCACCUAUCUCAUCUACAUGGUAAUUAUCUCUGUCGAGGAGACUUUCGCCUAUUCCGGAUAUACCGUGAUGCCAACCAACUUCUUCAUGGUUGGCAUGGCACGUCGUAUGGACAUGCAUUUGCUUACAUACGGCGAGGGUAACUUUGGUCCUUGGGGAAUCAUGGAUUGGAUUUUCAAGACUACCGUCGGAGACGCUGAGAUGAUUGAUGAUGAGGCGGAUGAGGCUGAAGAACGGGAGCGUGAGGCGAGGGCCCGACAGGUAUACGAGGCCAGUCAGGGGAGGGCUCCUGCUCCUGCCGCGAGGCCUGCUUCCAAGUCAAAGGUCCAAUCCCAAAUCGACGCAGUGACAGCUCGUGGACGCCGCUGA